AUGGACUCUGUCUACCCGGGCUGGGAGAACCUUCGGCCGGAGGGCGACGCCGAAAGCUUUACACAGCGCUCUUCCGAGCGCAGACAACUCUUCGAUGAAGCGAAACGUCUAGGACGAUACACAGGUCUCCAUUCGAUUGUCUGGGCGUUUCUCCAGGUCGCCGAUCUGGAGCAGGUCAAGCAAUACGUCCAGGACGGAAUCUUGUGGGACAGACUUGCGGAUCCACUGGCGGCAUCGUUCAUCGAAGUUAGAGCUAAAGACGUCGUCCUACUCUGGAAACAGGAACCAGCUGCAAAAGAAAAGACAGCAACAGGCGCUACAUCUCCACACUCGGUAUCCGAUAAAUCCUCCAACCCAUUCCCAUCCUCACCUCUCCGAACCCAAGCAGCGACUCCGUCCGAUACCUCGCCUACGAGGUCAAAGAGCAGACUUGGGGGCCGAGAAUUCAGCCCUACGCGUGUUGAAAGCGUCGCAGACCGCUGUAAAGAGAGGGACGGUCACCUUUGCGCGGUGUCGAGGAUGGCGGCCGUCGAUGCUGCCCAUAUUUACCCAUGGUGCGCAUUUGGAGGAAAGACUCCGAAACGAGUGGUGAACUUUUGGGAUGUUCUGAGGAUGUUCUGGAGUCCUGAGAAGGUGGACGGUUGGCGUGCCAAGAUAUUCCAGGAUCCAAGGCAACCGAAUCGAGGAACCGAGACGGUUGAGAACAUGCUCACUUUUACGGCGACCUUACACCGGUUUCACUCUGCCGGUGUCUUUGCUCUCCGACCUGUACAGAAGUCAGCCGACAAUACCCAACUCGAACUAGAGUUCCACUGGCUUGUCAGGGAGGAGCGUAAGUCAACUACCAAGGUAGACCUGUUGGACGAGCCUCUGUCCUCUAUCAACCGGAUGGAAUCUGGCAAUGGCUACGGCCCAUUCAUUCGCAUUGGUCCUGCAGACGGCAGUCCCAUCAUACUUCGUAGUGGCACCAGGUUCACGCUAUCGACCGACGAUGUGACAAACAAACCCCUUCCGGACCCGGGCCUAUUGGAGUUGCAAUGGCAUCUUCAGCGCAUCGUUGCGAUGUCGGGCGCAGCCGGGUGGAGGGAUCUGGAUUACUUCGACGACGACGACGACAAUGAUGGAACAGGCGUGGCAGUUCGUGACACCGUUGAUCAGUGGCUCGAAGAAAUCCACGACGUUCCGGCCGAUAGUCGUCGAGGUCGGAGCCCACCAGCAAGCGAGUCGGGAGACAGUGUGGAUGGUUCGUCCGAAUAA